AUGGGAAGUGUUUCAUCAAAUCCUAAUGCUGACGAGACUGGUACAAUAAGCAAUCUUCCUAUGCAUCUUAGGAGGAUGGAAUUGAAAUUUGACAUUACAAAAGAUGUCAAUCCAAACCUUAAACAAUUAUUGCAUUGUAAUGGAAAUUAGUAUAAUAGGGUCAUUAAUGGAAAUCAGAUAGGUUUAUGAAUAAUUUUAGAGAAGAUCAACUUCUCCGUUUAUUGAUAAAAACAUUUUCUGUAAGAUUGUACCUUUUAGCAGAUCAAAUGCAAGCUUUAUCUUCGAUUAAUUUUGCAUCGGAAACAAAGUUCUCUCCAUUUAUGAAUUCAUAUGUAUUUUGACAAUUACUGCCUACACCCAAUAUAUCCACAAAGUUCAUUGUAAUUAUUAAGCUCAACAUAAUUGCUAGUCUUGUAUAUCGUUUUCGAUCUAGAUUGUAGUGGAAACAUAAGCCUCAAUGAGUUACUGAUUAUAUUUAAAUCGAUUAUAUUGGGAUACUGCAAGUUAACAGAAGCUGAAUUGCCAUCCUAUAUCUAAUUGGAGAAGUUCGCAAAAUUAAUGUUUCUCAAAAGUGAUAUCUAAGUAGACAAUUCAUUAGAGCUCAGCGAGUAAUACAUUACUUAACCCUAGGAUAAUAGAGUGGCUUGAUAAUAAUCCUACAGGUUUACAAUUAUUUCAAAUGUAUGAACCUAAGCAGAAGGUACAAGAGCCCUUUGAAGCAUUUCGUUCUUUUCGUGCCUAUACUGAACAAGAGGCUGAGAACAUGUUAGAAAUGAUAACUAAAUCUAAUAAGAAUGAAUACUAUAUGAAAAGCCUAAAUGAUUAGGUUGGUAAAAGGAAUAAAUUUAGUUAUAUGGCAAAUACAAAAAGUUAAUAAUAACAAUAAAUAUAUUCUAUCUAAUAAUAAAGAAAUUAGUCUUUACCUAAAAUUUAAGCCUAAAAAUAAUUGAAUAUGGAAGAAGAAUUGGAAGAAUUAAAUAUCUUAGAAAAAGCAUUGGAUUAACACUAAAAGAAAUAUGAUUUAUCAACAGAAAAACCAUCUUAAAGUAUGCAUCAUCCAGCUUAAAAUCCUAUUUAAUUAGGUAAGAGAGUAAAAAGCUAAGGUAGGAUAAUGAAAAACAUUAUUAUAACUAAAGGGUGCACAUUAACAAGGAAUGAGAUCUUUCGAGUAAAGAAUUAUUUUGACUCGCUGUCCGAUAAUAAUAAGGUUAUUGGUGUUAAGGAUUUUACAAAAGCUUUUUAAAAUAAACCUCACAUGAAAAGGGUCACAGCUAGUCUGUACAAUUAUUUAGAUUCGAAAUAAAAGGGAUUUGUCACUUUUGACUAAUUGAUGCUGAAACUUUACCCUUCAUUAACAAAAGUGUAAUUGGAAAUUAUUAAUAAUUGGAUUAAAUAAUAUAACGAGGUUUUCUCUAAGAGUUCUAAGGAAAGCAUCGAGUUGGAAGUUCUUAAAAACAAUGAUACAAAACAAAUGAAAAGAAAGAGAGUAUUACCAAAGAGCAGUAUGAUCAGAAUUAAACAGAUUUAUGAUUUGAUUGAUCAAGAUAACAAAGGAUGUAAAAUAGAUCAUUAUACUAAAUUUAGAUAUAUCUUUGGAAGAUCUGAAAAAGACUUUUACUUAUGGAUUUACGGGUAAAGAAGUUGAAGAUUUAUUUCGAUUACAUGAUUUAGACAAGGAUGGAAAAUUAGGAAUGGAAGAUUUUAUCAGAGUUAUCCUUCCACCAGACUACGUAAUUGAGGAUGAAGCAGAAGAAUAAUGA